UAGGUUCUUGUUCAUAUGUCUUAUUUUCAUCUAAAAGAUUAUUUUCUUUUGGUGACGUUGAGUGUCACGUCUAAGCGGCUUGCGAUUUAUACAAUUUUUAGCCCAUUAACUCAAUAAAAAAUCUUUUAAAAAAAUUCAUCAAAUUAAAAACUAAGUUGUUAUCGUUCCGAAAGCAAAGUUAAUUGAAAUUAUGGUUGUUGACGAAACUAAGCCCGCUGAGGACAGUUCAGUGGAAAACCAAUCAAAGAAAGCGGCUAAGAAAUUGGCUAAAGAUGCUGCCAAGGCUGCCAAGAAAGCUGAAUAUAAGGCCGCUUCUGCUCCGGCCGCAGAACCAGCUGACGAUUCGAAAGACUAUUCCGAGGGAAAGUAUGGCGUUUCGAAAAUGAUUCAGUCGGAAAAUACGUUCUUGGAACGGAAUUUUGUUAAGGUCAGCGAACUCUCGCAACACAUUGACAAGGAACCAGUGUGGGUACGUGGACGUGUUCACACAUCGCGAUCCAAAGGCAAGCAAUGUUUUCUGGUUUUACGUCAGCAAAGUAGUACUGUGCAGUGUUUAAUCAACGUGAAUGAUGUUGUGUCCAAGCAAAUGGUGAAAUUUUCCGGAAACAUCUCAAAGGAAAGCAUCAUCGACAUUUAUGUCCGACCGGUAACCGUAGCUGCCAAGAUCGAAUUUUGUACAGAGCAGAAUUUGGAACUGAUUAUUUUGGAAAUAUUUCUGGUAUCAGCUGCCAAACCCCAACUGCCAUUACAAAUUGAAGAUGCUUCGCGACCGGAACAUAACGAUGAUGCUGAAGCGCUUCGAAUUCGAGUCAAUCAGGAUACAAGGCUGGACAACAGAGUCCUCGAUCUGAGAACUCCGGCCAAUCAAGCAAUCUUUCGAAUUGAGGCUGGUGUGUGCAAAUUGUUUCGUGAUAUCUUAACGGAAAGAGGCUUUGUAGAGAUUCAUACACCAAAAAUCAUAUCUGCUGCCAGUGAGGGUGGAGCGAAUGUAUUUACAGUCAGUUACUUCAAAGACUCUGCAUACCUUGCUCAAUCGCCACAAUUGUACAAACAAAUGGCCAUUGCGGCUGAUUUCGAUAAAGUGUUCACUGUUGGAGCGGUGUUCCGUGCUGAGGAUUCAAAUACCCAUCGCCAUUUAACGGAAUUCGUUGGCUUGGAUUUGGAAAUGGCAUUUAAAUACCACUACCACGAAGUGUUGAACACCAUCGGCGAUACUUUUACCCAAAUGUUUAAGGGACUUCGUGAUCAAUACGCUAGAGAAAUAGCCGCUGUUGGCCAGCAAUAUAACGUGGAACCGUUUAAGUUCUUGGAACCGCCGCUGAAACUCGAAUAUUCGCAAGGUGUUGCCAUGUUGCGUGAAGCAGGAAUUGAAAUGAACGACGAUGAAGAUUUGUCCACACCCAAUGAGAAGCUACUCGGAAGAUUGGUUAAGGCUAAAUAUGACACCGAUUUCUAUAUUUUGGACAAGUUCCCAUUGGCCGUUCGACCAUUCUACACUAUGCCAGACCCAAGCAAUCAGAAAUGGUCCAAUUCGUACGAUAUGUUCAUGCGGGGCGAAGAAAUUUUAUCUGGUGCGCAGCGUAUUCAUGAUGCUGAUUAUUUGAUCGAACGAGCCAAACAUCAUGCCAUUGAUCUCAGCAAAAUCGCUGCAUACAUCGAAGCUUUUCGAUUCGGUUGUCCUCCUCACGCUGGCGGUGGUAUUGGCAUGGAACGAGUGGUUAUGCUAUACUUGGGACUUGAUAAUAUCCGGAAGACAUCCAUGUUUCCUCGUGAUCCGAAGCGUAUCACUCCGUAAAUGUUCUUCUUUUUACCAAAUGAUUAUAUUCAAAUGUGUUUUUGAUUUGUGCUCCUCUAGCGGUUUCAUCCAUAGAUUUUUUUUACUUACAUUUUUCUAAUUACAUCGCAUUACAUGUUGUGUAGUUGAUGAUUUUCAAUAAAAAAUAAUCUGAAAUUUUA